AAGAAAAAGGCGCAUAGGACCUCCCCCUCCCCGGUGUGAAUCCUGAUGAAAGAUGUAACUGAGGCCCUGAGUCGUGGACCAAACACGUGUGGAGUGAACCGGAGGACGCGUGGUCCUGUAGCGAAGCGCGGGCACGAACAAAAGCGUCGCUGUGUUAGGGUCGAAAAAAUAUAUAUAUAGUUUUUUGGUAAAACGUCUUGUGGACAGUUUGAUAUUUACUUUGAAGGAGUAAGCUUUGGCUGAAGAAUAUUUUGGAACCAGAGCAGAACGAUGAAGUACAUCCUGGUGACUGGAGGGGUCAUCUCUGGCAUCGGCAAAGGCAUAAUCGCCAGCAGCGUGGGCACAAUCCUGAAGUCGUGCGGCCUGCAUGUAACCGCCAUCAAGAUCGACCCGUACAUCAACAUAGAUGCGGGCACGUUUUCCCCCUAUGAGCACGGGGAAGUGUUUGUGCUGGAUGACGGGGGCGAGGUGGACUUGGACCUGGGCAACUACGAACGUUUCCUCGACAUCCGGCUGACCAAAGACAACAACUUGACCACCGGCAAAAUCUAUCAGUCGGUCAUCAACAAAGAGAGGAGGGGGGACUACCUGGGAAAGACUGUGCAGGUGGUGCCACACAUCACAGACGCCAUCCAGGAGUGGGUGGUGAAACAGGCCAGGGUGCCGGUGGACGACGAUGACGUAACGCCUCAAGUUUGCGUGAUCGAGUUAGGAGGCACCGUCGGGGACAUAGAGAGCAUGCCCUUCGUCGAGGCCUUCAGGCAGUUCCAGUUCAAAGUGAAGAGAGAGAACUUCUGCAACAUUCACGUCAGUCUGAUCCCACAGCCCAGCGCGACGGGGGAGCAGAAGACCAAACCAACACAGAACAGCGUCAGGGAGCUGAGGGGCCUGGGCUUGUCCCCCGACCUGAUCAUGUGCCGCUGCUCCACCGCGCUGGAGACCUCCGUCAAAGAGAAGAUCUCCAUGUUCUGCCACGUCGAGCCCGAACAGGUCAUCUGCGUGCACGACGUGUCGUCCAUCUACAAAGUGCCGCUGCUGCUGGAGCAACAGGGCGUGGUGGGCUACCUCAGCAGGAGACUGAACAUGCCCAUCGAGACUCGGCCCAGGAAGAUGCUGACAAAAUGGAAGGAGAUGUCCGACCGGUCAGACCGACUGCUGGAGCACUGCUCCAUAGCGCUGGUUGGGAAGUACACCAAGUUCUCCGACUCCUACGCUUCGGUCAUCAAGGCGCUGGAGCACUCGGCCCUGGCCAUUAGCCAUAAAUUGGAGGUUAAGUAUAUAGACUCUGCGUCCCUGGAGCCCAGCACGCUGAAGGAGGAGCCGGUGAAGUACCACGAGGCUUGGCAGAAGCUCUGCAGUGCUGAUGGCAUCCUGGUUCCUGGAGGUUUUGGCGUGAGAGGAACCGAAGGAAAGAUUCAUGCCAUCAACUGGGCCAGGAAGCAGAAAAAACCUUUCCUGGGCGUGUGUCUUGGAAUGCAGUUGGCAGUGUGUGAAUUUGCCAGGAACACACUCGGCUGGACAGAUGCCAACUCAACAGAAUUUGAUCCAGAAUCAAAGCACCCAGUGGUGAUCGACAUGCCGGAACACAACCCGGGGCAGAUGGGCGGGACCAUGAGGCUGGGGAAGAGACGGACCAUUUUCAAGACCAACAACAGUGUAUUAAGGAAACUAUACGGAGAUGCAGAAUAUGUGGAUGAAAGGCACCGACAUCGCUUUGAAGUCAAUCCUGAGCUCAAGAGUCACUUUGAAGAGAAGGGCUUCCGCUUCGUAGGUCAAGACGUCGAAGGGGAAAGAAUGGAGGUCAUAGAGCUGGAUGAUCAUCCAUACUUCGUUGGAGUGCAGUAUCACCCCGAGUUCACCUCUCGCCCCAUCAAGCCGUCCCCCCCGUACCUCGGCCUGCUGCUGGCUGCGGCCGGGAAGCUGCCGAGCUACCUGCAGAAGGGCUGCCGCCUGUCUCCGCGGGACACUUACAGCGACCAGAGUGGCAGCAGCACCCCAGACCUCGAGAUAUCAGAGUUGAAAUUGCCUUCUACCUCAAAUGAAUGAGUUACACAAUGUGUAGAAUUUUUUUCUUUCAAAGGGACUUUUCAUUUACCUUUUCCAAAUACAAUUUGAAAUUGACCUUCAGCAAAAUAUACCAGAGCUUUUUUCACUACAUGGUCACAUGCGUCAGUGAUGCAAGCUAGUAACAUUUCCAUCUAUGUAUUGUGGUACAUAAGCUGUUACAUUGUAAAUAUUUUAUCAUGGUUUUUAUCCAGACCAGUAUUCGGGCAGCAGAAAUGAACUUCUUGUACUUUUUCAUGCCAUUGGGGCAUCAAUUGUCCACUAGUUACUUUGAGUAAUAUUUCCAUUAUCCAGUCACACUGUGGCCUUAUGAUAAAAGGUUUGUGGGCCCUUUCAAGAAUGAAUAAAAAGUUGUAUAUUAUGGAGUGUCACCACUGAGAAAAAUCCAUACCGUACCACUCUUUGGGUAACCAGCACAGUUUUUUGGUACUAAACGGUGGAGCUAGACUCACUGCAGAACGUUGAUUGGUUGAAAGAGUGUCGUCAUUUGC